ACAGACAGCAGUCCUUCGGUGUCAACCCAUACCACGGAUGCGGAUGCUCUACAGAAACUUAUUCAUUUGCUCCAGGCCACAGAUGAUCCAUUAAUUCAAGAGCAAGCUUUAAUCACUCUCAGCAACAGUGCUGCCUUCUCUGUAAAUCAAGAUAUAAUCCGAAAUUUGGAUGGCCUUUCUGUUAUUGGAGGGAUGCUCUCAGAUUGCGUUCCCAAAGUUAAAGAAAAAGCACUAAAUGCAUUUAAUAAUUUGAGUAUGAAUAUUAAAAAUCAGGAGGAGAUACAGGUAUAUAUUACGCAAGUUUGUAGGAACGUCGAGUCAGCUCCCCUGAACUCUGAUCUGCAGCUAGCUGGACUCAGGUUGUUGACAAAUAUGUCUGUUACCAGUGACUACCACCAUAAGAUGAUAAACUCAAUUCCGUGCUUUCUUCAUUUGCUUUCAGAAGGAACUGAAAGGACGCAGAUUCAGGUUUUGAAAGUACUUGUGAACUUAUCUGCAAACCCAGCCAUGACAGGACAUAUUCUCAGAGCUCAAGUGCCAUCAUUGCUGUUACUUUUUGACACCUGUAUAAACAGAGAUAUUCUGCUUAGAGGCCUGGCAUUUGCAGCAAACUUGAAAAAGAACAUGAACAAUGAAGAUGGCACCAUGAUUCAGGACCAAUACAGUGAAGAUUCAAUUUUCUUUACACUCUGCAGGGACUCUACCCCAUUCGCUCAGAAACUGGCAUCUUUAUUGCAUCACCCUGAUGCAGAAGUGAAAGAGCAAGUUGUGAAAAUAUUAACACAAUAGUAAUUUUUGUAAAAAAAGACUGACCUGAUGAAAAUAUCUAAAGAACGCUAUGCUAAAAAAACCCCAGCAAACAAAGACAACCAAAAAAAUUACUGAGUACUACCGUAUUACUAGGCACAAAUCAGUUACUACACGAGAGAAUGCAAUGUAGUUAAUAUAGAGAGCAGAACAGAUUUCUUUUACAAGCAAGAUAAAAGCAAUAGCUUAAUUAGCACUGAGAAGCCACUGUACAGCUGGUACACGUACACAAAGGGGGAGGAACAGUUCAAAACAUGAAAACUUUCAUGCGUACAGUGAACAUUCUAAAUGGAUGGGUAAAGUCAAUUGAAAUAUUCUUCGCAAUGUCAACAUUUUUGUUGCCUUAAAUAUUUACACCUGUUGAAUAAACACCUCUAUAGAAUGGUGCAUUAAAGAUUUGGGAAUUAGAGAUUAGGCAUUUACAUUUUAUUAAUCUGAUAUCUACUAAAUAGGUGCAGCUAAAUGUUAGAAAAUAAUAAAUAAAAACAAUACCAGACUACCAUUGGCUUCCUACAAAAUCAGUAUUUUCAAUGAAAGCUGCAUAUUAAAGUUACCCAGCCUAUGUUUUUUUACCUUACCUGCACAGAAUAUAUUCUAAAACUACAUUCUCGUGUGCUUAGUACAUCCAUUCCAUUUAGCCAAACUGCAGCGGAGUUAACCACAACCAUGCAAGGUUUCCACACUUGAAAAAAAUCAAAAGGAUUUUAUCUUGCUUUAAAUUGUCACUUUACGGAAAGCACACAUAUUUUUCAAAAUAUUUUAUUAUGAGUCAAAGAUUAUCUGCAGCUGCAAUUCAACAUUCUCAUCUUUAUAAAAAGUCUACAAAAGCAGUAUCAUAUGUAUUUUUACAAAAGCUUCCUGUUCUGCAGCAGCCCUCGAGCCCGCUUUCCUUGGAGAGCUUUACUCCUUUUUCUCUGCAACUGGCACGUCAUUGGAGUAAGUGCUUCUGUUGAGUUAGGCCCCAUAAAGUUUUAGACAUCAGUGCAGUGUUAAUUCAAAAUGAACUGAAUACAUAUAAACAUCAUUGUAAAAGAACCCGCAGGAAGUUUCACUGAUGAACAUAAAACGUAGUAGAAAACACUUAGAGUAAAACGAGACUACUAAAACUUCCUGAACACCACAUUAUAGAGACAGUAAAAAAAGCAUCAGAUGCGGAGACUAGAAAACAAGUUUUCCACCUUGUACCAUUUUUAAGAGAGCUGUAUUACCUAAACUGUUACCAGAUGCUUCAUCUUUCUCAGUUAAUAUACCCACUCUGCUCUUAAUAAAAUAUUACUCUCUUC